AUGGCAGCGCCGCAAGUCACACUGGGCUACACUGCCUUCCCUCACCUCUUUGACGACAUAUUCAACCUCACCGACCACGAGGGUCUCCUAGUCCUGCGCCGCACGUCGCAUGAGCUCUGUGAACGCGUCGACGCCAAGCUCUUCAACCGUGUCGUUGUGAAGCGCGUGCUGGAGAAAGAGUACAGCCGCGAGCUUGAUCCCCACUUCUUCGAACUUUACGAUGGGGCGAGGAACCGCCUUCCGGUCCCCUCUCUCGAGGUGAGGAGCGGCGGUGGAAUCGAGAAGCCCAAGUGGGGCCGCCGCAUCAAGACAACGCGCCUCCGCGAAAUGUUCAAGCACGCCCGCGUCGUCGACUGCCCGAUAACGUUCCCGUGCAUCAUCCUCCCUCUCCGCAAGCUCGAGUAUGCGCGCGUGAAUAGGGUUCACUCAUCGGUGAAGUAUGAGUACAGCCUGCCACCAGCCGACGGGGUCGUCCUUUCUUGCUCUCACAUCCCGUAUCGGGCCCCAAUCCUUCACCCCCCGGGGAGAGAGUCGGCAAACGGUACUAGCAAGCUCGUUAUUAGCCUGUGCCAACCCUGGAAGAGCCUGUCGACCCUUUACGAGAGCUUUGACUGGCACUGGGAGGACAUCACCAGCAUCAUUGUUAUCAUGUCGCCCAGAAUGGCCACCCAAGGGCCGUUCCAGCGACGGUGGUUCGUAUGGCCCGAAGUCGCCCGCCACUUUCGAGCCUUCUUCAAGAGUUGGAAACCCACUGGUCACCGGUCGAGGAUUGCGACCCUUGUGGGGCUGGAAGACGCCCUACAAGAAACGUUCAAUCAGCUUGGCCACCUUGAUUUCAACCGUGCCGAAGACGCCCAGGCUCCAACCCUUCCCCUCCGCCUUCUCCUCGACCCUCACUCUUGGCCGCGCCGGACUCAGGGGCUUGUCGACGCACUCCGCCUACUCUCAAAGACCAUCGAGCAGUCCAACAUCAAGUGCGUUUCCCUCAAGGACUACAAGACCGGGUUGACUCCGCAAGAGGCAGGCAACGAGCUCGACCCCCUCUUUUAA